CUUACUUGAUCUAAUUACUGACCUCUGCCUUCUAUUCUUUUACAUUAUUACUUUUAUCAACUUAUACAACUCGGAACGGACCACCUGAGGCUUGAUCAGUCCAUUUGAGAGACUCAUGAAGUUGGAGCGGUCCACUGGAGGCCAAAUCCGUCCAUGGGAAGGACCUAUGAAGAUGGAGCGGUACACUGGAGGCCAAAUCCGUCCAUGUGAAGGACCUGUGGAGAUGGAGCGGUCCACUAGAGGCCAAAUCUGUCCAUGUGAAGGACCUAUGAAGAUGGAGCGGUCCACUGGAGGCAAAAUCUUUCCAUGUGAAGGUCCUAUGAAGAUGGAGUGGUCCACUGGAGGCCAAAUCCGUCCAUGGGAAGGACCUAUGAAGAUGGAGCGGUGCACUAGAGGCCAAAUCUGUCCAUGUCAAGGACCUAUGAAGAUGGAGCGGUCCACUGGAGGCAAAAUCCGUCCAUGUGAAGGACCUAUGAAGAUGGAGCGGUCCACUGGAGGCCAAAUCUGUCCAUGUGAAGGACCUAUGAAGAUGGAGCGAUCCGUCUCUGGCUCGCUGAAGAGGACCGCGGGAGAAGACCGCCGGAGAGGACCGCCGGAGAGGAACGUCGAAGAGGACCGCGGAGAGGAACGUCGAAGAGGACCUCCGGAGAGGACCGCGGAAAGGGCCGCCAGAGAGGACCGCGGAGAGGACCGCCGGAGAGGACCGCGGAGAGGACCGCCGGAGAGGACCGCGGAGAGGACCGCCGGAGAGGACCGCGGAGAGGACCGCCGGAGAGGACCGCGGAGAGGACCGUCGGAAAGGACCGCCGGAGAGGACCGCGGAAAGGACCGGCGGAGAGGACCGCGGAGAGGACUGGAGAGAGGGGCUCGCUACUUCCGUCCGUGGUUCGCCGGAGGAAGUCGGAGCUCGCCAGAUCUCGUCGAAGAUGAAGGCCCGCUUGUUGUCGAUGAGGCUUGCCGGAGCAGAGGGAGCUUGAUGGACGAACUAGGGCAAUCGCGGUCGCUGCCAUCCGCGGCUCGCCGGAAGAGUGGGAGCUUGUUGGAGGGCCGCCGCUACUGUCCGUGGCUCGCCGGAGGAAGAGUGGGAGCUUGUUGGAGGGCCGCCGCUACUGUCCGUGGCUCGCCGGAGGAAGUGGGAGCUCGUCGGAUGGCCACCGCCGCUGUCCGUGUCUUGCCGGAAGAAGUGGAGCUCGUCGGAGGCCCGCCGUUGCCGUCCGUCGAGAAGGUGGCUCUGCCGAGGGCUGGUGGCUGCUCUCCAUGGUCGCCCAAGGCCAGGCGGAGCUCCCCGCUUCUCGCCGGAAGUGAGCCGCACUGGAAGGCUCGCUGAAAAGGACCCGCCGUUGUCCAAUCUUUAAAAGAAGAUAAUGGCUUCUUCUCCAUCGCACGCUAAGCUUACAGACUUACAAAGCAAGCUUCUUUUUUCUGAAAAAAAUACGGGGUUAAUCGAAUAAUCUGCAAAACCCUAGAGGCUAGACCACAUUGAUGGCGAUAAGACAAAGCAAGAGCGAUAGGGAUAACGAAGGAUAGCAGUUGAGGCGUGACUAUCAGCGACCACCUGAAGCCGAACCAGCUUCAAUUACGUAGCCAAAGAAACUCAUCUUCAUCCCUCCGCUUCAUAUAUCAGGUCCUCCAUGAAACAUGCCCUCAAUGUGUGAGCUUUGCAGAACCAGUUUAAAGCUGAGAAUGGAACAUGAUUUUAGGGCUAAGAGAGCUAUAUGCUUAUAUGCUUGAAGAUGAAUUUGGAGAUAACUUUCAAAAAAUAAUUUAGUAAUUUUGUGCUAUAUUCCAUGAACACAGGCACCUGUUUCACAUUUUCCAGAAUUCGUAAAGGUUUGCCAAUUGUUUUGUUUUUCUCCUUUCAUGUUCUUUCCCUAGCAAUUCUAAAAUCUCAAUGGGUUAGUUUGAAGGGUUUUGUGAAGGACAGUCAUAAAGAUGAAGAAUAUUGUCUUAGAACACCAAGUAGAAUGUCAGUGGAGUAUAUUACAUUGUGGAUUUGUAGGUUCUUUAUAAAUUAUAACUAUUGAUUUUAAGGUUGUCUUAGAAUAAAUAAUCUCUAGAAUGAAGAUAUUUGAGUAAAUUUUACUUUUAGAAGUGAUGAUGGUUAGAGAAUUAGAUUUUAAAUGAGUUCAUCGUUGUUUUAGAAGUAUAUUUAGUUAUUUACCAUGUUGAUGUUAAAUCAAUCCCUACCCGUGCAGGCUUGGCGUCCUAAUGUUGAACAAAAGACUCUUAUUCCUGCACAAUUCAUGUCAUUGCUACUAUAUAAGUCAUUGAUAUAUGAAAUAGUGUUUUUAAUUACAAUUCCUACAAUACCAACUAAAUAUGAUCUAAAUUAUCUCAAUAUGAGCACAAGAAAAUAGGUCUUUAUAA